AUGGGCUGGGUAUACAAUGCGUCUCCCGAGGUAGAGGCCCAGUGCAAGUACCGCGUCAUUCUCGGGGUGUGCAUCAGUCUGACGGUGUUGAUGGUUCUCACCGUUUGUUUGCGACUCUUUGUGCGAGUGAAACUGGGGAGGUUUGGCGCAGCCGACUAUGUGAUGGUGUUUGGCAUGAUCUUCAGCAUCAUUUACAACGGGCUUUGCAUAGCUCAAAGCCGAUACGGAUUAGGUCUUCCUUUGGCAACACGCCCGAAAGAAAAUCUCCCCAUUUACACCAAGGUAUAUCAUUCCAUUGUUGUGGCUCUUUUGACAGCUUUUGACCUGGACCAGCUCAACUAUGCCGGUCGGCCCAUCUAUCAACUAGGAAUUGCAGGGUUUAAAGCAGCUUUGUGUAUCAGCUACCUUCACCUACUCUCCAAAACCUCAAAACGGUUCUAUCGGAAGCUCAUCUGGGUCGUUAUUGUUGUCUCGACUCUGGGACACAUUGCUGGCGCACUUGUUCUGAUACUCAACUGCCAGCCGGUACGCCGGUCUUGGGACCCGACCACACCCGGAACCUGCCUCCCAGUAGGCCCUACCUUCUACGGCCUCGCGAUCUUCACCAUUGUCUGCGAUGUGGUCAUCAUCUUCCUCCCGAUCCCACUGCUGCUUCAGCUGAACAUCAAGCCGGCACAGAAGGCGGGUGUGGUGUGUCUGUUUCUCCUUGGGCUGUUCACUACGAUCUGUUCGAUUCUGCGAUUGACGCAGAUCCACCGGGUCGUGGCGGUCGAUGGAGACUCGACCAUGUUGGUUUUAUGGGGAACCAUCGAGUUCAAUAUCGGAAAUAUCGUCACCUCGCUCCCAUUCCUGACUCCCCUGCUCAAAGUGUUUAUCCGCGACUUUCGAUCUCGCAGUGGCAGUGAGUACCGUAAAAACAUCUACACUCUGCAGUCCUUCUCCAAGGGGCAGCGUUCACAAGCCAAGUCGGAAUACUCGAAGGAGCCGAUGGUGGUCAAGCGAACUCCCAGUGAGGAACUGAUCCUGGAUAGCGAUGAUUUGGGCCAGAGACGGGACGCCGAAAUACACAUUACAGUGGAGUACCGAGUCUCGCUCGAGCAGAAGUGA